AUGAAGAGUUCGUCUCUUUUGGCUUGUUUGUUCGCGGCCGGCGCACAGGCAUGGAUGCCCGCGGACCGCGAUCUUGCUGCCUUCAACCGCACCACCGGCGACCUGAGCAAACGUGCCCUUAAUCUUCCUAGUUCGAAGAUUCGAGGAGUCAACCUCGGUGGAUGGCUACUCUCGGAGCCAUGGUUGAUGAAUCAAGAGUGGUCAGAGAUGGGCUGCGGUGACUCCUGCUCCGAGUUUGACUGUGUCAGCAAGCUUGGACAGUCUCAAGCGAAUGAUGCAUUCGACGCUCAUUACGCUCGCUGGAUCACACCAAGCAUGAUUCAAUCCAUGCACGAUGCUGGUUUGAACACCAUUCGCAUUCCGAUUGGAUAUUGGAGUCUUCACAGCCUAGUGGGUAGCAGCGAGCACUUCCCCGAGAUGAAUCUGAAGUAUCUUGACGAUAUUAUCGACAAGGCUGCAGGACUGGGAAUGUUCGUCGUUAUUGACCUCCACGGCGCUCCCGGGUCGCAAAAGGUCGGCGAUGCAUUUACUGGACAGUGUCUCCCUGAAGCGUAUCUUCCAGGAUUUUUUUCACAAGCCAACUAUGACCGCGCAGCCAAGUGGCUUGACUGGAUGACGAAGCGUAUUCACAACACUCCUUCAUACAAGGCCGCAGUCGGUAUCAUUGAAGUCGUGAACGAGCCGCAGACAUCGCGUGAUAAGGGCGGUAUGCCCCAAGCCGAGAAAGACACUCUUACUCAAAAGUACUACCCACAAGCCCUCAAGGCUGUCCGAGACGCCGAGAAGACUCUUAACAUUCCCGACGAACAGCGUCUCCACGUCCAAUUCAUGGACUCCCUAUGGGGCGCCGGUAACCCAAAGUCCAACCUCCCAUCAGACUCCAAGGUCAUCUUUGACGAUCACAACUACGUCGGCGGAGCUGUAACGGCGAUCAACCCCGACGCCAAGCAGGGCGAUUACAUGUACUACACAUGCCACACUGACAACCGCCUGACCGACGGCGACACCCCCAAGAUCGUCCAAGAAUGGAGCCUCACCGUCAACAACGAGUACAGCACCGAGUUUGACUGGAAGCUCGAUUCCACAACACAAUUCUACAAGGAUUGGUUCAUUGCCCAGCAGCGACUGUAUGAGAAGACUGAGGGCUGGAUCUUCUGGACGUGGAGGACACAGCUCAACGAUCCACGAUGGGACUACAGCUACCUGAUCUACAAGAACUGGGUACCCACCUCCAAAGCAGGACUGGAUGCUAGCGCCAACAAGGACGUCUGCGCGACGUGGAACCAUAGGAGAAGGAGGACACGGGGCAGGCAGUAG